CUUAUUGGAAUUUAUUUUAAUGGCGUCCGCGAAACGAAAACAAAUCGGUCGCGAUUUCGUGUAGUCGCGAGUAUUAUUCAAAAAUAGUGGUGAAAAUUGUGCUUAUUUUGGGUGAAACUAGCGUAGAAAGUUUGCUGCUCGGCCAUGGCGUCCAGUCAGCGUGCAUUUGCCUCGAAACUGACCAAGCACAAUUCGUCGGACAUCCGUAAAAAUGUGGCCAACUACCAGCUGCUGUCCAAGAGCGACAGCAGUUCCGUCUGUUCGUCGUCGAUUUCUUUGUGUGAGUUGGUGGAACCGAUCGAUUAUGAGGAAUUCCUUACGCAGCAUACGAACAUGCUGAUCCGGGAUCCUUUGAGGGCCAUGUUGGACUUUCCGGUGAAUGACGUGCAGGUGAAGGUGGUCCCGAGGAAGAUUCGCACCCUGGAGCAUGUGGUUCCGAAGGAGGAUUUGGGGGAGUUGCCUUUGCAUGUCCAGCAUUGUGUGGAUUGUUAUACGAGACCGUGGAAAGUGGUGGAAUUUGCCCAGAGGAAUUAUUCCAGUUCGUGCAACAGCCGGGAAAGGGUGGACAAAGGAGCACUGAGUCCCAGUUCGUAUCAGCAGGAGUUCGAAAUCGAUCGGGACUUUUUCGGAUGUGCUUCACUGGAGGAAUCGGUAACUUCCACGACUUUGUAUGCGAGUGAAAGUUGUACUCCGAGUAGCCGGCAGUCGAUUGCCAGUUUGUCCUCGGUUUCAACCUGUACGGAUACCCUGACACCCAGGGGAUCGUGGGCUUCCUUUGAUCUGAGAAGUUCCGUAAAUGAUCCGUUGAUUCCGGGUUUGCUGGACAGAGUCGCCCCGGAAACAAUUGAUCAGGGAAAUGAAGCUAAAAGGUUGGAGGAAAGACAGCAAGCGCUGUUCAGUUUAUAUCCGGAAGGGGAUCCGGAAGAUGCAAUCGAGAAACGCCUCCCAGCGGAGAUACCCAUGGAACACUUGGGCAAUCGAAUCCACGUCAAGUGUUUGCAGUUAAAGCUUGAGCUAGAAGUAGAACCGAUCUUUGCCUCGAUGGCUAUUUAUGACGCCAAGGAGCGCAAGAAGAUAUCGGAGAACUUUUAUUUCGACAUGAACUCGGAGUCGUUGAGGCGGAUGUUGGUUUCCCACGUUCCGUUUGCGGACAUUAGCACUCAAGCAAGGGAAGCUAUUUUCGAUAUUACGAAUCCCAGCAAUGAGCUUUACUUGGUAAUUCGCUUGGAGAAGGUGCUUCAGGGCGAUAUCAAGGAUUCGGUUGAGCCCUACUUGAAGGAAGAUAAGGAUAAGUAUCGUGAUAAGGCAAAAUCGAAUGCGGCAGACUUUUGCGAUCGGUUAGGCAAAUAUCGAAUGCCUUUUGCUUGGACGGGGAUAUAUCUAACUAAUAUUUUCAAUGGCGAUAAUCCCGAGAACGAUAAAGACCGGGAAAGUAUGAGCUCUGCUUCCAGUUCCAACAGUCUGGACAGGAAGUCGUCUACAAGCAGUUUCGAUCAAUUCCGCAAAAGAGCCACUGAUAUGGGAACCCUAACCAGGCGAGGAUCUCUGGAAAGAAAGAUGGAAAAACGAAGAUCGUGGUCUCCGGACGAUUUUGCCAACAGCGUCGAGACAUUCCGACCCAUUUCGAUAACGGUCAACAGUUUCUUCAAACAGGAAUCCGAUAAAAUGAAAGACGAAGAAUUAUACAAGUUCCUACCGGAAUUGAAGCGCCCUGGAGCUCUGAUGAAAAAGCACAAAUGCAUCCCGGGGUCCAUCAAGAUAGAAAUCUCCCCAAUUCCUGAAGACCUCAAAUGUGCCCUCACCCCAGAACUGGCAAAGAUCGAUCCCUACCCGAACGAUCACACGCGACCAACGAAAGAAAUCCUCGAAUUCCCUUCCACGCCGAUCCUGAAUCCACAUUAUAGCUAUCGCAACAUACUCUUCGUAUCACCGAAAGAACUGAAUUUCUCGACCCGUGCCGGCUCCGCUCGAAAUAUCGCCGUUCGUGUCCAGCUAAUGUCCGGCGAGCGCCAAUUCGACGCCCUUCCAGCAAUUUUCGGUAAAAGUUCCUGCCCGGAAUACACAGCGGAAGCCUUCACCGCCGUCAACUAUCACAACAAGCAACCAACUUUCUACGAUGAGAUCAAAAUCGCACUCCCCGCAAAUCUGAAACAAAACCACCAUAUCCUGUUCACCCUGUUCCACGUGUCCUGCCAAAAGAAACCACAAGAAAUCCAACCCACCAUCGAAACACCCGUUGGCUACACAUGGCUCCCGGUCCUGAAAGAUGGUCACCUCAACGUCGGAGAAUUCAACCUCCCAGUCAUGGUGGAAGAACCCCCCGACAACUAUUCCUUCAUCCCACCGGACGUCCAACUCCCGGGAACCAAAUGGCUCGAUAACCAUCGCCCGGUCUUCUCCGUCACGAUCGACGCGGUCACUUCAGUCCACGCCCUGGACGACUACCUGGACAAGUUUAUCUACCUUUGCGAGUGCCUGGAUCUGCGGAAGGUUCCCCCGCGAAUCGGCGAGGGGAAUAUGGAGCGGGAGUUCAAGAGAACGCUGCAGGAGCUGCAGAGUGCCGACCAGGAGAAGCUGGUCAAGAAUUUGCAGGUCAUUCUGGACAAGCUGAUCGAGCUGCUGGUGACGACGUACCGGAUCGGAGGGGAGGCCCUCUCGCUCGGGCAAACCAUAUUCGAGACGAUUUGUCAGAUUUCGGAUAAGAUAUUUUUCCUUCAACCGGAAGAUCGUUACGGCCGGCAGAACAUCCUCAGCACGUACAUCCAGUUCCAGUGCAAGAUCCCACACCCGUUGGAUCCCAAAUGCAAGCUUCCUUAUGCGCGUCAAGGUGCGGUCGGCUCGUCGGAUGAGAUGACACGUUCGUCCAGUAAUCCGGACUUGCAUCAAAUGAACUCCGCUUACUCGGAAAUGACCAGUUCGAUGAGCGGGAAACUGGUUGAUCGUACCUCCAGUAUGCGUGGGGAAAUGUCUCCAACGGCUGGUGGACCCAAGGAUGGAUUGAUCCGAUUGCUGCACGAAGAAAUUGCCAAGAACUGGGUAGUGGCCAGUGGAUCAGCGGCAGAGCUGUCGAUGACCAAUUCGUGGAUGUUGUUUGAGCUGACCAUCAAAAGUAUGGUUGAGCAUUUGGAGUUGACUAACUCUUUGAAUUCUCCUCGCAAAAGCCGUUUUCCGCAUCAGUUUACGGAUGAUAUUUCCACGUUGGUGCACUUGGUGACAACAAAGGUGGUCGGUUACAACAGCAGCGAUCCAAAGUUGGCACAAUCGAUCAAUUCCAGCUUGGCGUUUUUCAUCUUCGAUCUACUGAGUAUAAUGGAUCGAGGAUUCGUUUUCGGACUGAUCCGAACGUAUUACAAAGUGAUCAUGACCAAGAGUUCGCCGACGCCGGAAAUGAUUCACUACAAGCUGGACUUUUUGAGAAUAAUUUGCAGUCAUGAGCAUUUUGUAGCGUUGAAUUUGCCUUUUGGUACUCCUUACACAGCUCUCUCAGCUCCUUGCAGUCCGACACCGAGCGUUACGUCGAACAACAGCCAGAAUUCGUACGUUAGUGCGAUGGCUGGUAUCGACAAAGCUCUCUAUGCCGAACUUAGCGUAGAGUUUCGGCAACAGCACUUUCUUGUAGGUUUAGUGCUUCAGGAGCUAGCAACAGUCUUGGAUAUAUCGAAUCCGCCUCUGCACGGAAAGGCAAUUCGCUGCUUGCGCAAUCUACUUACUUCUCAUGAUCUCGAUCCUCGCUACAAUGAUGUGGAAGCACGAGCUCGCGUAGCUGCUCUCUACAUUCCUCUUUUGGGCAUCAUCAAAGAUGCCAUUCCUCAAUUGCAUACUCCGAUCGCCGAAUCACACGAUCGUUUGAAUACCAUCGGUCUGCUGGAAGAUUACCAAGGACCUUCGACUUCAAUUGCUGCUUCCACGAUCAGCCCAGAGGUGGCAUAUGCUAUCUCCGGAAUCCGUAAUUACAGUUAUGUUCAAGAGACGCCCAAGAACAAAACUCCUUUGAGCAGCGAAAACACUCGUCAUCUGUUGUCCUGUUUCCUCUGGGUGGUCAAAAACCUUGAGCAGAGUACGUUGUUCAAAUAUACGCUCGGACUCAGUCCUCACCGGGUCCAUCAGAUGCUUCAGGUGCUAAAUAUUUGCAUUCCUAACUUUGAAUACCGGGGGCGGAAGAAACCCACUUCCAAACGCAACACUUCAAGCUUCCGAAAGACACCGGAUAUGAAGGAGAAACUUGAGGAGUGCAUUCGAGGAACGGGAUCCGCCCGGAAUGAUCUCAUCAAUAGACGUAAGGAUCGCUACUCGACGGAAAAGUUCCGCUGGAAGAAAGAUCAAAUCCGAACGCAGUUCUACGACAGCAACAUCAAAAACGAAGCGGAGAUGGAGAUCACCUACUACAUUGAGGGAUCGUUGGCAACCGAGGUGUGCCUUACCAUUCUGGACACGCUGGAAAUGGUUGUCCAAGUGGCGUCCACGUCGGAAUUGCAUCACAAUCUGCUCGGAACCGUUUUGAAGGUUUUGCUCCACGCUUUAUCUCGGAACCAGAGCACUUUGGCGCUGCAGAAUCUGUUUGCCUCGCAGAGAUCGCUCAUUUUUAAAUAUCACAAUUUGCUGUUUGACGAAGAAACGGAUAGCUGUGCGGAUCUGUGCCUGUUGCUGCUGAAGCACUGCGGAUCCCAGUUGCCAAGUGUGCGAUCACAAGCGGCUGCUUCGCUGUAUCUGCUCAUGAGACAGAACUUCGAGAUUGGAAAUAAUUUCGCCCGCGUCAAAAUGCAAGUGACCAUGUCACUUAGUUCUUUGGUCGGUACCAGCUCUUCGUUCAGCGAGCAAUCCCUUCGCCGUGCAUUGAAGACCAUCCUGGUGUACGCCGAGUCCGAUACCGAUCUACAGGACACGUCCUUCCCGGAACAGGUGCAAGAACUGCUGUUCAACCUCCACAUGAUCCUGUCGGACACGGUCAAAAUGAAGGAAUACCAGGAGGAUCCGGAAAUGCUGCUCGAUCUGAUGAAUCGUAUAGCCAAAGGGUACCAGAACUCCCCGGAUCUUCGGUUGACUUGGCUGGAGAACAUGGAGAAGCACAUGGAGCGAGCGAAUCAUACCGAGGCCGCUAUGUGUUACGUUCACAGUGCCGCUCUUGUGGCGGAGUAUUUGAGCAUGCUGGAAUCGCAAAAUCAUCUCCCAGUGGGAGCCGUUUCUUUCAAGCACAUAUCCCCAAAUGCACUUAUGGAAUCUGCAGUUUCCGAUGAUGUUUUAAGUCCCGGCGAGGACGGAAUUUGCUUGGGGAAUCGGUUUACUGAAAGUGGCCUCAAAGCACUACUUGAAGAGGCUUCCAAUUCCUUCCAGAUUGCCGGAAUGUACGAAGCGAUGAAUGAUGUCUACAAGGUUUUGAUACCCAUUUGUGAAGCAAAUCGAGACUUCCGUAAGCUUGGCCAGAUUCACGGUAAGCUACAGGAAGCAUUCAAUCGCAUUGCACAGUUACAUGGCAAGCGAGUUUUUGGCACCUAUUUCCGAGUUGGUUUCUACGGAGCCAAGUUUGGUGAUCUGGAUCAGCAGGAAUUCAUCUACAAAGAACCAACGCUAACGAAACUGCCGGAAAUAUUCAGUCGCUUGCAAAACUUCUACGCCGACCGCUUUGGACCGGAUGUAGUUCAGAUUAUCAAGGAUUCGAACGCAGUUGAUACAAGAACGCUCGAUCCAGAGAAAGCAUACAUUCAAAUAACUUACGUUGAACCGUACUUUGAAACCUAUGAAUUGCGAUACAAGGAAACGUACUUUGAAAGGAACUUUAAUAUAAAGCGCUUCAUUUUUGCAACUCCGUUCACAAAAUCCGGCAAGGCUCACGGCGAGUUGCACGAGCAGUGCAAGCGAAAAACCAUCCUAACCACAGCGAAUCACUUCCCGUACGUGAAGACACGUAUCCAGGUGGUGAGCCGGGAGCAAAUUGUCCUAGAACCGAUCGAGGUCGCCAUCGAAGACAUUCAGAAAAAGACUGCCGAGUUGGCCGCCGCCACCAAUCAGGAACCGGCGGAUCCGAAAAUUUUACAAAUGGUAUUACAGGGUUGCAUCGGUACCACCGUCAAUCAGGGCCCGAUGGAAAUGGCGCUGGUCUUCUUGUCCGGCAUCGCAGACAGCACAACCAUUCCGACGAAGCACCAGAACAAGCUGCGGCUGUGCUUUAAAGAUUUCUCCAAAAAGUGUUCCGAUGCGUUGAAAAAGAAUCGCAAUCUGAUUCUUUCCGACCAGAAAGACUAUCAGAAGGAGCUGGAGCGAAAUUACGCUCGUUUUACCGAACGGCUGGCCCCAUUGAUCACGAUCAGCCCCUCGCAAGCACAAGGGGUGGUAGCUGCCAACAAUGGACUGCACAAUAGUAAGUUAACGCCGUUGAGAUGGUAAGUAUCCGGUAAGUGUCAUUUUGGACACAUCUUUCGAAAAAAUAUUUCCUAUCGAUGGCUAACCAAAAAGUAAAAUGAUGAUUACGAUCUAAAAUGUGGUUUCAAAACUUAUAAAUGAUUUUAAAAUGAUUCUCAUAUGUGUUAUUUUCCAAUAUAUUAUAUUUAAAUGCAAUUUUUCAAAACCAAAAAAGAUUAUUUUACUUUUACCAGUGUUUGUAAGUUUAUAUGUUAUUGUAUUAUUUUAGAUUUCUAAAUUUCAGUUCCACAAUUAAAAACACAUGCACACUUAUGGAAAAUUUAUCAAAUUACCCAUGAUUGAAAUUGUGAAACUCAUACAUAUUACAUACCCGCAAUUUACGUA